CAAUUCAAUUCCUCCAUUGCACGAACUCUGCCAUUCUGGAAUGCUCUUCCUCUCAUGGCUCAUUUCUUCUUGUCAUCACACUUCAGCUUAAAUGUCAGUUCUGAACGGCCUUUCUUGACGACCGGAACUAACACAGAUAUUUGCUCAGUUUUAAUUCUCGACAAUGCACUUACCACUAUCUGACAUUGUUUUGUAUUAUUUUAUGUAUUUCACUGGUAAUUGUGUCUCCUCUCCCUCCUACCCCCAAUAGAGUAUGACAACUGGGACUUGUCUUAUCAUUUAUCCACAGUACGUGGGAAAAUGGCCGGCACAUGGGACUUCAAUAAAUAUGUGCUCAAUGGUGAACCACCUAGGUAGGCAGAUAUGUACACUAGGAUCGUGCUCGUGGGGAGCUUAGGUUCUAAAGGGAAAGGUCAAUAAAUAGGAGAAAAACAAACACCUAGAUUCUGUUAACUGUUGCAUAGAAGAGAUUGAAGUUAUACAGAAGACACUGAGGAGUCUAUAAUCAGAAGUUUCUCAGGUAUGAGGUGACAUUUUUGCUGAGGCUGGAAUGAAGGCUUGGAAAAAAUUAAGCAAGUAGAGUUCAGCUCCCUGAGAAUUUCCAACAGAGAGAACAGCAAGCAAAUAAUCUUAGAGGCUAUUAUACAACAAAUUCACUGAGUUCCAGGAAAGUCAGUGUGACUAGAGCAUAGUAAAACUGGAAAAUGAUGAGAAAAGUGGCUGGAAAGGUAGUCAGGGUCCAGAUUAUACAAGCCUUGUUAGAGAAUGAUAAGCUGUUUCUAUUUUACCCUAAGUGAAAUACUAUGCUAUUUAAGUUGCUAAAUGACAUCGUCUGAUUUACUCAGUGUAGAGUCUCACCAAACUGUGUCCCCAACCACCAGCAUCAGAAUCACUUCUGAGCUUGUUAAAAAUGCAAUCUGAAGCACCACACCGGAACUGAAUUAAGAUCCCUAGGUGAUUCAUAUGCACAUUAAAGUGUGAGAAACACUGGUACAGAGAAUGGAGUAGAGGUGAGAAAGAGUAGAAGAGGGGAAGUCAAUUAGAGAGCUACAUUCUGGUCCAAGUGAAGGAAGACAGUGGCCUGCAUAAGAGUGACAGCAGGAAGGAUGAGAAGACGGAUUCUAGGUUACGUUUUGCAGACAGUUUGUUUAGGUCUCCUAGCCAGCUAAAUGGAGAUCUCGGUAGACAGGCAGUGAUACAAGCCUGGGUUUCUGAAAAAAGUUUAGGCUUGGAGAUGUAGAUCUGUGGGUCUGUUAUUAAUAAUUGUCCUGCUUCGGGUUUUUUUUUUUAAAUUUUCUUCCUUUUUUAAGUGCUUUAUAUUUUACAAAUGUCUGCAGCAGUUUUUUGUCAUCUUUAUGGAAAAGAAGGCACGUCUUAAAGUCGUUCAAGUCCUUCACUUUUUCACACUGAGGUCUGUCUCCAUAUCCACUUAUCUUUCAAGUCUAUGAAACCCCUUAUAAAAACUUUCCUUUGAAAUAUUUUAAAAUUCAAGGCCCAAGGCUGAUUAAUACUGUUUCUCCUCCAUAACCCCUAGGAUCCUCCAGUUCUAGGUUUUAACGAGAAAAAUAUCCUCAAUCCUCUCCAGUUUCUAGGUGUAAAGCAGCUUGGACCCUCCUGGGUUUGGUGGGUCCGUCUCUCUUGGAGUCCAACUCUGUAUUCCUAAAAAGCAAUUAUUGAAAUAGAAGCUAGUCAGUUAAUGGCAAUAAAAGAAGGGAAUUCCAAGUGGGAGCUUCCCAAGCCAAGAGGAAGAGAGGUUUCUUGCCUUAUCACUGUAAGUGGCAGAGUGGAGUUCCAAUUCAAUGAUAUCAUUUGUGUUAUCAAAGGUAGUUUAAUCGUUGAAAAGCUUGUUAACAAUUAUAAACACAGGCAAAUGCCUUUUCCUUUUUGGCCUUACGGAGAAUGAGAAAAGUUCUUCCCAUGGCUAAAAUUCUUAGCUGUUGGUAAUGCAGAAAAGAGUACCAGAACAGCAGAAUUCCAACGGUAUUCCAGGAUUCUGUGUCUUGGUUAAUUUUAAAUUCACGUGACCUGGCAAACUUAGGAGAGUCCUGGUUGUAAGUGGUAUUAACAUUUUCAGCAGUAGUACUCCAGCUACACUUGACUGUUCCCCUCUCUGUGAAUUUACAUGAUAUGUUUGAAAUACUGCCCCUCAAAAGUCUCAGAACUUUGAGAAAUACGGUCCUUUCCAAAAAAACCCCUUAUGUCCAAUUUGAAGGGGGCGCUGUCAGUGGGUGCUUAAGUGGGUAAAGAAAAGCCAAGAAUAUGUCACGGUGAGGAAGGCCAAGGCUGAGCGAGGUCAGCUUGGGACCCACCUCCUAGAAUGACCUCCGCCAGCAGGAAAAAACCGUUAAGGGGAGGAAAGGGCAGGUCCCUGCGGCCUCCAGGUGCCAGCCGCGUGAGUGGGCGGAGAGGCCUCGGUGCCUCCUACCCGCUCCGGACGUGCGUCCCGGCAUCACCCCGGGAUCCGCUCCUCCCCGCUGGCGGGGGGAGAAAGGGCAGGAGGCCUUCCGUCCCGGCUAUAAAGGGCCCCGGACCGCCUCGGCUCGCCUCGACACGCCUAGGCGCCCUCCGGCUCCGCCCUAGCCGCCGCGUCCCAGCUCGAGCUGCAGCGCCCGCUCAGGCCCCACUCGACCCUCUCGGGCCUCGGCUACUUGGACUGCGGCGGAAUAUGGCGGCUCCGAUGACUCCCGCGGCUCGGCCCGAGGACUACGAGGCGGCGCUCAAUGCCGCCCUGGCUGACGUGCCCGAACUGGCCAGACUCCUGGAGAUCGACCCGUACUUGAAGCCCUAUGCCGUGGACUUCCAGCGCAGGUAUAAGCAGUUUAGCCAAAUUUUGAAGAACAUUGGAGAAAAUGAAGGUGGUAUUGAUAAGUUUUCCAGAGGCUAUGAAUCAUUUGGCGUCCACAGAUGUGCUGAUGGUGGUUUAUACUGCAAAGAAUGGGCCCCGGGAGCAGAAGGAGUUUUUCUUACUGGAGAUUUUAAUGGUUGGAAUCCAUUUUCGUACCCAUAUAAAAAACUGGAUUAUGGAAAAUGGGAGCUGUAUAUCCCACCAAAGCAGAAUAAAUCUGUACUCGUGCCUCAUGGAUCCAAAUUAAAGGUAGUUAUUACUAGUAAAAGCGGAGAGAUCUUGUAUCGUAUUUCACCGUGGGCAAAGUAUGUGGUUCGUGAAGGUGAUAAUGUGAAUUAUGAUUGGAUACACUGGGAUCCAGAACACUCAUAUGAAUUUAAGCAUUCCAGACCAAAGAAGCCACGGAGUCUAAGAAUUUAUGAAUCUCAUGUGGGAAUUUCUUCCCAUGAAGGAAAAGUAGCUUCUUAUAAACAUUUUACAUGCAAUGUACUACCAAGAAUCAAAGGCCUUGGAUACAACUGCAUUCAGUUGAUGGCAAUCAUGGAGCAUGCUUACUAUGCCAGCUUUGGUUACCAAAUCACAAGCUUCUUUGCAGCUUCCAGCCGUUAUGGAACACCUGAAGAGCUACAAGAACUGGUAGACACAGCUCAUUCCAUGGGUAUCAUAGUCCUCUUAGAUGUGGUACACAGCCAUGCUUCAAAAAAUUCAGCAGACGGAUUGAAUAUGUUUGAUGGGACAGAUUCCUGUUAUUUUCAUUCUGGACCUAGAGGGACUCAUGAUCUUUGGGAUAGCAGAUUGUUUGCCUACUCCAGCUGGGAAGUUUUAAGAUUCCUUCUGUCAAACAUAAGAUGGUGGUUGGAAGAAUAUCGCUUUGAUGGAUUUCGUUUUGAUGGUGUUACGUCCAUGCUUUAUCAUCACCAUGGAGUGGGUCAAGGUUUCUCAGGUGAUUACAGUGAAUAUUUCGGACUACAAGUAGAUGAAGAUGCCUUGACUUACCUCAUGUUGGCAAAUCAUUUGGUUCACACGCUGUGUCCCGAUUCUAUAACAAUAGCUGAGGAUGUAUCAGGAAUGCCAGCUCUGUGCUCUCCAAUUUCCCAGGGAGGGGGUGGUUUUGACUAUCGACUAGCCAUGGCAAUUCCAGAUAAGUGGAUUCAGCUACUUAAAGAGUUUAAAGAUGAAGACUGGAACAUGGGCGAUAUAGUAUACACGCUCACAAACAGGCGCUACCUUGAAAAGUGCAUUGCUUAUGCAGAGAGCCAUGAUCAGGCAUUGGUUGGGGAUAAGUCGCUGGCAUUUUGGUUGAUGGAUGCCGAAAUGUAUACAAACAUGAGUGUCCUGACUCCUUUUACUCCAGUUAUUGAUCGUGGAAUACAGCUUCAUAAAAUGAUUCGACUCAUUACGCAUGGGCUUGGUGGAGAAGGCUAUCUCAAUUUCAUGGGUAAUGAAUUUGGGCAUCCUGAAUGGUUAGACUUCCCAAGAAAAGGAAAUAAUGAGAGUUACCAUUAUGCCAGGCGGCAGUUUCAUUUAACUGACGAUGACCUUCUUCGCUACAAGUUCCUAAAUAAUUUUGACAGGGAUAUGAAUAGAUUGGAAGAAAGAUAUGGUUGGCUUGCAGCUCCACAGGCCUACGUGAGUGAAAAACAUGAAGGCAAUAAGGUCAUUGCUUUUGAAAGAGCAGGUCUUCUUUUCAUUUUCAACUUCCAUCCAAGCAAGAGCUACACUGACUACCGAGUUGGAACAGCAUUGCCAGGGAAAUUCAAAAUUGUGCUAGAUUCAGAUGCAGCGGAAUAUGGAGGGCAUCAGAGACUGGACCACAGCACUGACUUUUUUUCUGAGGCUUUUGAACAUAAUGGGCGUCCCUGUUCUCUUUUGGUGUACAUUCCAAGCAGAGUGGCCCUCAUCCUUCAGAAUGUGGAUCUGCCGAAUUGAAGAGGCCUGAUUUCAGCUCCACCAGAUGCAGAUUUGUGUUUUGUUUUCUUGUUAUCACUGUCACACAGCUUAUAACAUGUAUGCUUUUCAGAAUGCAGUUGUCUAGCCAAACCAUCAGGUGUCUGAAAUUCAAUAUUGGUUUAUGCAAAUACAGCAAACUUUUAUUUAAGUAGAUGGGAGAAUAUGUUUAAAAUAUUAGGAAUCCUAGACCAUAUUUUCAAGUCAUCUUAGCAGCUAGGAUUCUCAAAUGGAAGUGUUAUAUAUAAUAUGUUAAAAACAUUUUGCUUUCCUGGCUAAUUAUUUGAUCCUUUUAAAUUCAAAUUUGAAUCAUUUGUCAUGUAUGAUUAUUUCUGUUAAAUGUACACAAUAUAUAAGAUGGAUAUUUGGUGGCUCUAUUUGUUCUGAUAUCUUUUGGUCUAAAUUAUGAGGUACCAAGAUUGUUUCUUUCUUUUUUUUCAAAUUGUGUUUAGAAAUACUGUAAUAAAUAUGCAGUAGUGAUAUAAAGAAUUAUAUCCAAGGUAAUAUAAAAGCCAUUACGUAUGAAAUCAUCCAUGUCUCAUUUUGUGUUUUAUUUUGUGAUCUCUUGUCCACUAAGUAUCAUGUUAAAUGCCAGCACCUCAGUCUUUCUGAAGCCCUGAAAUGGUAAUUGUAGCACUUCAGAAAAUGUCUUUCAUUUCAAUCAAUAAAAAGCUUUUGUAAAAUUG